UCCCCUCCCGCGCUGAGUGGUUCCUCUCUGCAGAUUCGCCGGGGGAGCAGGGCUCGGGGCUGCCCGGCUGGAUACGGCUAGCUGCUGCCGGGGGUCCCCGCUUUUCAUGCUCCGCCAGCCCGCCAGCAUCCUGGCUUGGGUCCCGCCCUGGUCCGACCUGCUCCGGGGCAGCGAGGGCGAGCAGGAGACGCAACACCGCGCCAUGGCCCGCUACAGCGUCGGCAACCUCCUGGACUGGCUCUACGGCGGGGUGGACCCCAGCUUCGCGGGCAACGGGGGGCCAGAGUGUGCAGCCUUCCUUACCCCGCAGCAGCGCCUGCUCGAGAGCCUGGUCUUCCUCACCGUGGGCGUCCUGGAGAUCCUGGUGUCCCUGCGGAAAAUCAGGCGGCAGCUGCACUCCAAGGAGGAGGGAAACUAUCCGGCUCAGCAACCCCAGGCCAAGCAGGAGAGCCUGGGCAAGAACCUGCUGCUGGUGGCCCUCUGUCUCACCUUUGGCCUGGAGGUGGGGUUCAAGUUUGCCACCAGGACGGUCAUCUAUCUGCUGAACCCCUGCCACGUGGUCACUAUGUUGCAGAUUUUUCUCCUCACCUGUCCCCCAUGUCGUGGUGCAAUGGUUCUGUUCAGGUUACAGAUGCAUAUGUUAAAUGGGGCCCUCUUGGCAUUGCUGUUUCCUGUGGUUAAUACACGCCUGCUUCCCUUCGAGGUGGAAAUUUAUUACAUCCAGCAUGUGAUGCUCUAUGUUGUGCCCAUCUAUCUGCUGCGGAAAGGAGGUAUCUACACUGCAGAGCCACUUUGCAAUUUCUGGUGGGCUCUGUUAUCCACGGGCCUGAUGUUUGUCUAUCAUUUUAGCAUCUUACAGAUUCUGGGACUGGUCACGGAAGUGAAUUUGAACAACAUGUUGUGCCCAGCCAUCUCGGAUCCUUUCUAUGGGCCCUGGUAUCGAAUCUGGGCAUCUGGGCAUCAGACUAUCAUGACCAUGGCUCAUGGAAAACUUAUAAUAUUGUUCUACAGUGCUGUCCCCGUCUUUAAAUAUGGUGUGGAUUUGCUUAGACUCCCAUCUAAGAAAAUAGACUGAAAUUUCUCCCUGAGAAGUAGCACUUAUAGGAAGACGAGGUACCUGUAUUCAUAUUGGAGAAGAAAGAGGAGAAUGAAAGGACAAUGUGUUAGUGUGUCAUGUCUGCUUCCCCUCCCUCCCCCCUCACUAUUUCUUGCCUCAAAAGAUCUCUACAAUAGAGUGAGGAUUUUCUUCUUUCAACUGCUGUUUUUCACUGCCCGUAGUCAAUGGCAAAAUUAGUGGCCUUAUUCUGCAAGAAGUUGGUGUUUCUUACAUAUUUUAUGCAGAUUACAAUGGAACCUUCCUAACCCACACUAUAUAAUUACCCCAGAAAAUGGCAGGCGCCUGUCUGCAUCCCAGCAAAGAGAGUGGCAGUACAGUCCCCUUCUCAAGACUUUUUGCUGUGUAUCCUUCAGUACAUUUACUGAUUACAUUAUAAAGUAUAAGAAAAAGCUGAAUUACUACUCUAACUGAAAGUGAACCAAGCCCAAUUCGUAAUGCAUCAUCCUGGAUUAACUUCCAUUAUAUGAAUUUUGCUAGUUGGUGAGUAAGUGAAGCAAUAUGCUGUGGGUCUCCCAGUUAUUUGUGUGAAUUAGUGAGGUUCUAUUGCACUACUUUAAGCUGGUUGAAGAUAAUGGGGAACUAAAGAAUCAUUCAAAAUAUGUUUUUAACAUUUAUUUUUUAAAUUGGAUUAUUUCUUUCUCAGCUGCUAUGGAUCUUCACCUGUUUGGUUUGAGCCCAGCAUAGUAACACAUUUUGAGGAUGCUCUGACUUGAAUGCAUGAAAAACCAUCAGGUUGAAAUAAUUGUUUUAAAAAAUCAAUCAGGGUGUAAAUUGUGAUGGGUGGCAUUUCAUCUAGUCCUUCAAGUUGCCCCGGAACAGAAAGAAAUAAGAAUUAAAGGGACACUGUCAACCUGGUUUAGACUGAGAAAACAAAUUACAAAACCCCAUGUGAAGAGUUUUUUAAUUCAUGCUUUAAAAAUUUUUUUGCCCUGUGUUCUGUAUUGAACAGACGAAGAGAAACUGCUAUUCUGGUUUCUCUCGCUAAGCGUCUACACACCGUAUGCAGUGAUUUAAACUAAAUCAGUGCAACUCUAGUCUGG